UAAAGAGACGCUCGAUUUCUGUCUAGUCUUGGAUGAUUGCUCUUCAUGGCUGUGAGGGAGAUUUGUGUUUGGAAAGGGCUCAUUUUAGCCCUUUUCCUCUUUGCUGUUGAUGGACAGAAAAGGCCGUUAUUCAUGGUGAUGUUCCCUGCAGUGAUUGAGUCUGAAUCAGACGCCAAACUAUGCAUAACUCUUCUGAAAUCCCAAGAGAGUCUCACAAUGACCGUUUCUCUGCUUGAUGACACAACCAGGACAACUCAACUUUUGCAGCAGGUUUUUUCGAAGCCGUUUCACCGCUGCUUUAGUUUCCAGGCUCCUCGAGUAGAUAGAGAAUCGGUGCAGAAGCUGAAGGUGGAAGUUCAAGGGAGGGUCUUCAGAGCGACUGAAGAGAGGAAAGUCAUGUUCAGACGAUACCUGCCUUUGACCUUCAUCCAAACAGACAAACCCAUCUACAAUCCAGGACAAACGGUGAAUUUUAGAGUCGUCACCAUGGAUGCCAAACUUGUGCCUCUUGAUCAAAUGUACAAUCUGGUGGUGGUGGAGGACAAUCACAAUAACCGGAUUGGUCAGUGGACAAACGUCUCCUCAAUGGAGUGGAUAUUGCAACUUUCUCACAAGUUAAACCCAGAGGCUCAGAUAGGGAUGUACACCUUGAGAGCUUUUAUAGGUGAUGGAACAGUCUCCCAAGUUUUUGAGGUGAAAAAAUAUGUUUUGCCCAAGUUUGAUGUGACCGUAAACACACCACAGACGUACAGCGUUGCAGAUGUGGGACUGAAAGUUGAGGCUUGUGCCAAAUACACAUAUGGCCAACCUGUGCUUGGUCAAGCGUUUGUGGAAGUAUGCCGUGAUCCUUUUUCAUACUCUGUGGUUCCUGUGGAGACCCCUCCGUGCCUGAAUCAAACCGCUAAGAUGAAUGCCACGGGCUGUGCCUCCCUUACCUUAGAUACAUCAGCGUUUUUCAACCCCAAAUUUGAGAAAGGUCUUCAAGAUUUGUUUUUUGUUACUGUGAACGUCACCGAGGUGGGAACAGAUGUGGUUAUGUCAAAAUAUGCAACCGUGUCCAUUACAUUUGAAGUCGGCAAGAUCACGUUUUUGGACCUCCCGGAUACUUUUGAACCUGGAUCAGUGAUUAAUGCAAAGAUCUCAGUGUCUCGUUUCGAUGAAACUCCAAUUGCGAACAAAACUGUGUAUCUCCUGAAUAGUAACAGCUGGCCCAACAAACUGCUGUUGAAUCUAACUACAAACCAGAACGGACUGGCCAUGUUCUCCCUCAAAACUGCUAAACUUCCUAAAGCUGCUCUAUAUCUGCUGGCAAGUGCGACUCCAACAGUUAUUUAUGGUUACAAAUUGCCAUACUUCACUAUAGAUACGAGGGUUGUUCAGCUUCUCCAACCUGUUUCUCCCGAUAUUCCAUCAGUUAGUGGACUUACUAUUGUGAAUCUUGAGCAGCCACUCAAAUGUGGUGCUGCGUUCCCAGUGACGGUGAAAUAUUCUUUUGUUGGAGAGGCUGGUAGCUUCAGCGCUGACAUUAUCUAUAUGGUCUUGACCAGAGGAGUCAUUGUUCUCAAUGGAGGUUGGAAGGUCACAGCAGUAGCUGGUGAUACAGUCACGAGCGGCUCCAUGUCGUUCAAGCUGUCUGUCAGUGGCGAUAUGGCUCCAGUGGUGCAGAUUCUGGUCUACUGCGUUCUGCCCAGUGAGAAUGUACUUGCUGUUAGUGAGUCUUUUGACACUGAAACGUGUUUACAAAACCAGGUGUCUCUCCUUUUCUCUCCUGCUACGGCUGUUCCUAGUGAAGGAAAUUUCUUGACUGUCUCUGCUCAAGCAGGAUCCCUGUGUGGUCUCAGCGUUGUAGAUCAAAGCAUCUGGAUCUUGGAGCCAGGAAGACGUCUGAGUCCUAAAAUGGUGUUUGACUUGCUUCCGGUGAGAUUGCUAUCAGGUUACCCAUUCAGCGUUGAGGAUCAACCAGUGUGUGUUCCACCAUUAGUCCGUCGAGAUGCUCCUAUAGAUAUUGCCUAUGCAGCCUUCAAGAGCGUGGGGAUAAAGAUCGCAACAAAUCUCGCUUUACAACCCCUUCUUUGCCAGCAGUUUCAUCCCAUCAUCCCCGAGAGUAGGUAUAUGCCGAUGAAAACUGAUGUGGUUAACUUGGCUACUGCUCCUCCAGAAGCAGAAAGUGCUGGAGGCAAGCACUCUUUUAAAGUGACUGUCAGGAGUUACUUUCCAGAAACAUGGCUCUGGCAGCUUGCUCAAGUGGGAGACACUGGCUCCAUAAAAGUUCCUCUCAAGGUUCCUGACACCAUCACCACAUGGGAGACGGAGGCGUUUUGCCUGUCCUCCAAAGGUUUUGGUCUGGCCCCUCCAGCUGUCCUGACAGUCUUCCAGCCCUUCUUCCUGGAGCUCUCCCUGCCAUACUCCAUUGUCCAUGGGGAGUCUUUUAAUCUGAAGGCCACAGUCUACAACUUUCUGUCCAAGUGCAUCAUGGUUAAAGUAACUCCAGCUUCAUCCACGGCCUUCACUCUUAAGCCGUUUACUGAUCCGUAUUCGUCCUGUCUCUGUGCCAAUGAGAGAAAGACCUUCAAAUGGGUUCUCUCAGCUUCUGUUCUCGGAGCUGUCAAUGUGACUGUCAAUGCUUCAGCUGAACCGUCGCGGACUCGAUGUGGCACUGAGGUCGUGACCGUGCCGACGAGAGGACGCAUUGAUGUAGUUUCUCGAAGUCUACUUGUCCUGCCCGAAGGACUUGAAAAGACAAACACCCAGAGUUGGUUACUGUGUCCAAAAGGAAAAGUUCUUUCUGAAGACGUGACUCUGACAUUUCCAAAAAACGUGGUUCAGGAAUCAGCCAGAUGCUCAGUUUCAGUUCUUGGGGACAUAAUGGGUUGUGCGCUGAAGAAUCUGGAUGGGUUGUUACAGUUGCCAUCUGGCUGUGGAGAACAGAAUAUGAUAAUUCUUGCUCCCAAUAUUUACAUCCUGCUGUACCUGGAAGUCACAGAGCAACUAACGGCAGCCAUCCGAGAGACUGCCACAGGCUACCUUCAGAGUGGAUACCAAGGACAACUGAACUACAGAUAUAACGAUGGUUCAUACAGCACAUUUGGGUAUGAUGAAUCGAAUGCAUGGUUGACCGCCUUUGUCCUGAGGUCCUUUGGUCUAGCGAGGCAAUUUAUUUCCAUUGAUCCACAUGUCCUGCAGAGUGCAAAGGAUUGGUUGAUCAGAAAGCAGGGUUCAGAUGGCUGUUUCAUGCAGAAGGGAACUCUGUACCACAACGACAUGAAGGGUGGAGUUAGUGAUGGCGUGACCAUGACCGCCUACAUUGUUUCAUCGUUGCUUGAACUAGGCGUCCCUGUCAAGAAUCCUGUCAUUACCAAAGCUCUGUCGUGCUUGAGGCCUGUUGUUGGGAACCUGGGAAACACUUACGCCAUGGCUCUGCUGGCCUACACUUUCAGUCUGGCUGGAGAGACCACCACUCGAUCACAGCUUUUAACUGCCUUGAACAACAAUGCCAUUUCUAAAGGCACUAAGCUCCAUUGGUCUCAGACGACAUCUGGUGAUACUCUGGCGGUGGAGAUCAGCUCGUACGUGCUGCUAGCGGUUCUCAAUGUAAAGCCGAAGCCUGCUCUGGGCUAUGCUAACCGUAUUGUCAACUGGCUGGUGGCCCAGCAGAAUCCCUAUGGAGGCUUUUCCUCCACCCAGGACACGGUGGUGGCUCUUCAUGCCCUGUCUGUGUACGCUACUCAAGUGUUCAGCUUGAAAGGCUCCAGCACUGUUACCGUACAGUCUUCAGUUGUAGGAGGAGACUCUUAUAGCUUUAACGUGAAUCAAGACAACAAGCUGCUGUUUCAGGAGAAGCCGCUGAAGAACGUUCCUGGCAAAUAUAGUGUUAAAGCCACAGGAUCCACUUGUGUGUCUGUGCAGGUUGCGUGUUUCUACAACAUCCCAACACCCAUUGAAGCCAACGGGGCGCUGAGCAUUGAGGCGAAGGUGACUGGAGACUGCAAACCGCUAGGAGCCAAUCUCAUGUUGAACUUCACGGUGAAAUACAACGGCGUAAAAGCAAGCACUAACAUGGUUCUAGUGGACAUUAAGCUCUUGUCGGGCUUCACAGCAGAUGCGUCACCGCUUGGUUCUCCACCCCACUCGUUCGCCCCGUUAGUGGAGCGGGUUGAUUCUGGAGAUGAUCGUGUCCUAGUGUAUCUGAAAGAGGUUCCCAAAGGCGUCCCCAUGAGUUACACUCUGCAGCUGAAACAGGUUCUUGCAGUGGAAAACCUCAAGCCGGCAGUCAUCAACGUUUAUGACUACUAUCAGACAAGUGAUGCGUUUGAGACCACAUACACGUCCCCCUGCAUGCUUUGAAUCAGAACAGGCUACAGGACACACGACUUGAAUAAAACCGCUUUUAUACUAUCA